AAUAAUGAAAUAAGCUUUAAGAAAAAAGGCUUUUUUAUAGAUAAGAGACAGCGAAUAUGUUUAGUUUGAAGCCUAUGUCAGUUAUAAAUGAAAUCUUGCUGGCGAUCAAAAGUCUUUUUGAACAAAAUAAUGAUCCCAAUUUUAAUCGAACAAUCUCUUAUCAUACAACACUGGGAGUUUAUUUUGCCGGUUUUCUUGGUUAUUUUGGGAAUAUUCUACUUCAAAAACUUUAAUAAAACUCAUAUAACUACAAACGAUACUGAAUUGAAGGAAAGCAAACUCGAUGGGGAAGAAUAUAUUGGAGCUGAUUACAAAGAUGAUGAAGAAAACGACGAGUACACUCCCUCGUUGGAAGAAUCCGAACACAUACCAUUUCAAGGAGCUUCGAUGACUUUACCAGGUGGUGCUGAAGAUUUUUACAUGGUUGUCAAUGAUCGUAGAAGCAUUCGCUCCUUCAGCAACAAACCAAUUCCAAUCGAAGUUAUUGAGACUUGUAUCAAAGCUGCCGGAACAUCACCAUCUGGAGCUCAUACUGAGCCAUGGACUUUUUGUGUUAUAAGUGAGCCUAGUAUCAAGGCACAGAUUCGAGAAAUAAUUGAAGCUGAGGAAUAUUUGAAUUACAGUCAGCGUAUGCACCGCCAAUGGACAGCUGAUCUGCGACCAUUACGCACCGAUCACAUUAAGGAGUACUUAACUGUUGCACCAUAUCUUAUAUUGAUUUUUAAGCAAAUCUAUGGAUUUAAAGCUGAUGGUAGUAGAAAGCAACAUUAUUAUAAUGAAAUAUCGGUUUCUAUUGCAACGGGUAUCCUGUUGUGUGCAUUACAAGCAGCUGGAUUGAAUUCGUUAGUUACAACACCGUUAAAUUGUGGUCCUGCUUUAAGAACUCUAUUGAAUAGACCACAAAAUGAAAAACUCUUAGUAUUACUUCCGGUUGGAUAUGCUUCGGAGGAUUGCAAAGUGCCAAACUUAAAACGAAAGGCUUUGGAUGAUAUUAUGGUUAGAUAUUAAAGAAAUUAUUUAAAAAGAA